AUGGUUAUGGAGAGAGGAUGGAAGCCUAGUGUGGAGAUUUCACCAAAUUGUCCACGGUGUGGUUCUUCAAAUACCAAGUUCUGCUAUUACAACAAUUACAGCUUAACUCAACCAAGGUACUUCUGCAAAGGCUGUAGAAGAUAUUGGACUAAAGGAGGAUCACUUAGGAACGUGCCAGUUGGAGGUGGCUACCGUAAAAACAGAAGAGGUAAGUCCUUAAGGCUACCAACUGAUGGUGUGCCCUCUAAGGAAUUGUCAUGUGGGGUACUUCCACCUGACUCAAUUGGGCAUUCCUCUGGUAACAAAGUGAAUGCCUCUGCUGAGUCUAAUAGCUCCUCGGCGAUGUCUGAUGGUUCUCAAAUUGAUCUUGCACUCGUUUAUGCAAACUUCUUGAACCAACACCCAGAAAACAAGUCUGGUUUUGAAGUGCCAGAUCAGUUGCCUAGUGAAUUUGAUCCAUCUCUAGAGUUUUCAAGCUUAACCAACACAAGCAUGGAUUCAAGUAUUCAGCUGCCAAAAGAAAAUGGUCUAAUUGUAUGCCUCACUCGCUCUGACUUGUCCACAGAAAAUCAUUUGAGCAACAAUGAUCAGGUAUACUAUUCUGGAUUAGAAUCAGUUCACAAGCAUCAAGAUAGAGUUCAGCAAUGUACAUGUCAAGAAACAUGUAACUUUGCAUUGCCACCAUUGCCAGGGGACGAUUUAUUCUCUCAAGAAACACUGUGGACGAAUUCUCAUUCCUCGAUGAGUCAAACCUUGCAAGCAACACAAGAGCCAGUUCUAGGACCUGAAGUUCACGAUCCAAAUCUAUUGUUUGGUAAUUGGAGUCCAUUUGAUUUGUCUGGUGAUGAUACUUUCUCCAGGAUUCACUAG